AGUGGCUUUCAAAUUGGAAAAUAGUUUGGAUGUCAGUAUUUUCAUGUUUGUCGCAUCGAACAGUUGAUCGGAUGGAUUUAGCGCGCUUUUGCCAACAGUGAGACAAUUGAACCGAACGUAACUCAAUAAAACAUUGAUUUUCUUAUCAAUAAAAUGAGUUAUUGGUUGCAAUAAGUGAGCGAUAUCGAUGCGAACAUUUCUGGUGCAUAAGUGAAAACGACUUUUAUUUCCGUAGCAUAUAGUGUUGUUUUGAAAACGAUAAAAGUUUGUGGUUUUUUGUUUUGUUUUCUUGUGCCAUAUAAGAGUUGUGGUAUUUUUCAUUAUAAUAAGCAAACGAUGAGUGUAAUUGGUAAAAAAUUGAAUCCAAUACAGCAAGCAAGUGGACACAGCGACGAGAAUGCACCAACAACGAAUAGUAGUGAAGCAACCAAGAUAUCACCAGACGAUGUUCUUCGGCUGACAACAAUCACAGAUGAUUAUUUAUGUUGUUCAGACGACAAUGUGUACGACAUUGAUUUUACAAGAUUUAAAAUACGUGACCUAGAAAGUGGAACAAUUUUGUUCGAAAUUGCAAAACCGCCGAGCGAACAAUUUCCCGAGGGUAGCGUUGUCGCCGAUGAAAAUACUAUCACCAACGAUGAUGUGAUAACAAAUGCUGACGAAACGAAUAAUAUCGAUUCGAAUGCAGGACGAUAUGUGCGAUAUCAAUUUACGCCACAAUUUCUAAAGCUCAAAACUGUCGGAGCAACGGUGGAGUUUACAGUUGGAACAAAGCCUGUAAAGAAUUUUCGUAUGAUUGAACGGCAUUUUUUCCGUGAUCGCUUGCUAAAGACAUUCGAUUUUGAGUUUGGCUAUUGCAUUCCACAUUCCAAAAAUACAUGUGAACACGUGUACGAGUUUCCAAGGUUACCUGAUUCAUUAGUGAACGAAAUGAUAUCAAAUCCAUUUGAAACGCGAUCCGAUUCAUUUUACUUUGUUGAUGAUUGCCUUGUGAUGCACAACAAAGCCGACUAUGCAUAUGACGGAGGUUUGAAUGCAUAAAAUUGAACCACCUCGUGCUUGUUCAACAAUUAAUUUAAUUUAUUUGCGUGUAACUAUAACCAAAGUUCAAUUAAAAAUUGCGAUAUGGAGUUAUCUCUAAAACAAAACAGAUAUAAACUGGCGAUUAUAGGAAGAAGAACAGAACAGGAAACAUAUUGAAUUCAUCAUAGAUUUUAACUAUUUUUUUCCCGUUAGAAAUAUUAGUUUUUGUAUACAGUUUGGUGUUUGCAUUUGAGAAAUAAUUUUAAUAUGCAUGUUCAUCGCGAGCAUAAAAGAGGUCACAUGAAAAAUGACCCGAAAUAUUUAUUCGGGUCGUUUGACACGGAUUAGUUAAUUCAUACCAAAAACGCAACUGGUGAGCCCCCACAUCAAGUAGAAAAAGUACAGCGUUUACGUCACCGCCACUUGAUGUCAUGCGAUCAAAUCAUCAUCACCUGUUUUGCCUUAA